UUGGGAACCACUGCUUUAAGAGAUAUAAGAUACAGGAAGCAAUUUGCUCUCUAUUGCCUAUCAGCAAAGUGCUGGUAAGAUUAAUUUGCAUUUACUUUUUUUUAAAUCAUGUUGUACCAUUAAAGAACAUAAUAUAUAAAACAUCUGAGAAUGGCAAACCAAUACACAAUAAGAAAAUACAAUGCCUUUAGAGAUGAUAGUUACAAAAAUUUCUUCUAUUGGCAAUUUUUGUCCAUUUUGAUUAAAAUUGCUGUUUUCAGAUAAGUAAGUAGUAUGUAUAGAACAAUGGAGGCAAUAAGGACUACCGACAUCUCUCUUCUGUUGAAGAGGAAUUGUUUCGCUGUUGCUAGAAACUUAGUUUUUAGUAAUUUAAUCUUUACCUUAAAUAACAAUGCAUAAUGACUAAUAGAAUAGUGAUCAAAAUGAUCAAAGUAUGUACAGGCAAUAAAUUUUUUUUAUAUUCCAUUGUUUUUAAAUAGUCAUUGGGAAACAGAAUAUUUUUUCACAAAUGAUAUUCCCAGUCAGCUAAAUUCAUAAUAUAUUUCCAGUCUCCUUGAAUUACCAAGAGCUAAAGUAAGUAGACAAUCUUGGAAUCUGUUUUCAGGACUCUCUUGUCUUAAGUGACAUUUUCAGGAUUCAGAAAGUUUGGACAGUAGUUUGCAAUGUACGGUAGGGGAUGGUUUGUUUGUUUGGGGGCUGGGGCGAGGAGGAUAUUUUUAGGAGUGUAAUGGAGAAUCAUUUGUCUCUUAAACAAGUUCAGAUUUUUCCACUUUGCUAUAUGUGAAGGAGACCAGGCUUCUGUGGUGUUCUGGUUGUACACACGGAUUGUUAUUUUUAGAACAGCAGCAGUUUUUAGCCUGUUCUUCAUCUAAUCCAAUUUCUGUUCCUUUAGAGGGAGCAGCAUAUGACAGCAGUGAAGUUUGUGAACCGUAUAUGUGCAGCUCACAAGCAUUGGCAUUUCUUGUGCUGUGAGUUGAAGGAUGUGAUAGUGCUCAGUGAUCAGAACUGAGUGAUUAUUAAACAACUCCAAACAUCCCCUGCACUUUUUCUGCUGUUCCUCUCUUCUGACUUAUGUUUCAGGGAUGGCUUUGACUUUUGAAUGGCUUUUACAACUUGUAACAGCUUUUAUUUUAUUUUAUGUAUGUUUUAAUGUAAUUUCCAGUACCCCAAAGCUCAGGAUGCAAUGGGAAGAAGUCAAGAAGAUUUUGUGUACCCCACUCCCCGGGUCAGGGUGCCAUGAGCAGUGGAUGUGUGUGGAAUUUUGACCCUACCCCAAAGGGCAAAGUGCCAUGGAGGGAGGGAGGGAGUGUGUGUGUGUGUAGCAGGCACACUUGCAGAGCAUAAGGAGCCAGUAAACAGUGGGUGGGUGUGGAAUUCUGGCACACUCCAGGGGCCCUGGACAGUGGGUGUGGGUGGGAAUCCUGGCACAUUUAAGGGGCAGGAAAGGGCCUGUGCUGAGGGUCACCAGCCAAGCUGUGUCUAUUCAGUGACGGCAGAGGGAAGGUUUUCCUGGGAUGUCAUCCCGCUGGCUAUAGAUAGCAACUCCGAAGCUCCUUAAAGAGAAACCUCUUACCAGUCACUUUCCACAAAUGGUACAUACACCUAAAGGUACUUAGCAAAAAUCCUUGAGAGGUAUUUAGUGCUAAAGUAGUUAGUCUCCUCAGAGUCUCUCUGAAGGCCACACAAACACACACAGGCAGGGAGAGGUGCAGGACAUCCCCAGGACCAGUGAGUGACUUUGCCCCAGCCAGGCUUUGCCACCCCAAGAGCUCGCCAAGAUGUGUGACAUGGGGGGACUGGACAACCUGAUUGCCAACACAGCAUACCUGCAGGCCAGGAAGAGCACAGAAGGGGACACCAAGGAGAUGCAGAGGAGGCGCAAGAGCCUCUCACUGCCAAAGCCUGAGCAUUGCACAGAAGUCAGGCAGGCCUUCCCGGCAGAGUAUGAGAGCAUCUGCGAGCAGCAGCCCAUUGGCAAAAGGUUCUUCAGGGAUUUCUUAGAGACCAUGCCUGAAUACCUGGUGGCCAAGGACUUCCUGGAUGAGGUGUCCAACUGGGAGCUGGCGGAGGACAAUGCCAAGAGUGGCAUCAUGCAGAGCUUGGUCACCAAUUUCCUGAAGUCUGGCUCCAAGGGCUAUCUAGCUUUCAUGAGCUCAGACUUGGCCAGCAAGUGCCAGGCAGCCACCGAGAAGGACUAUGAGAGUAUCAUGCAGCUGGCCAAGGAGGAGACCAGGGCCUUCCUCUGGGAGAAACCCUUCCAGGACUUCCAGAGAACCCCCUUCUAUGACAAGUUCCUGCAAUGGAAAGUCUUUGAGAGGCAGCCAGUGAAUGAGAAAUACUUCUACGAGUUUCGGGUGCUGGGCAAAGGUGGCUUCGGAGAGGUUUGUGCCAUCCAGGUGAAAAAUACCGGCAAGAUGUAUGCCUGCAAGAAACUGGAUAAGAAGAGGCUGAAGAAGAAAGGUGGGGAGAAGAUGGCUCUUCUGGAGAAGGAGAUUCUGGAGAAAGUUAACAGCCCUUUCAUAGUCACCCUGGCAUAUGCCUAUGAGAGCAAGAGCCACCUGUGUCUUGUUAUGAGCCUCAUGAAUGGAGGGGAUCUUAAAUACCACAUCUACAACGUGGGAGAGAGGGGCUUGGAAAUUAACAGGAUCAUCUUUUAUUCGGCUCAGAUCACCUGCGGGAUUCUGCAUCUCCACUCCAUCAGAAUUCUGUAUAGGGACAUGAAGCCAGAAAAUGUUCUCCUGGAUGAUAAUGGCAACUGCAGAUUGUCUGAUUUGGGCUUGGCAGUGCAAGUCAAAGAGGGGAAAACCAUCACCCAGAGGGCUGGGACUAAUGGUUAUAUGGCUCCUGAAAUCCUGAAGGAAGAGAAUUACUCCUACCCUGUGGACUGGUUUGCUAUGGGAUGUAGUAUUUAUGAGAUGGUUGCGGGUCGAACUCCAUUCAAGGAUUUCAAAGAAAAGGUCAAUAAGGAUGACGUGAAAAAAAGAACCUUGGAAGACGAGGUGAAAUUCGAGCAUGCCAACUUCACGGAGGAAACAAAAGAUAUUUGCAGGCUGUUCUUGGCAAAAAAAUCAGAGCACCGUUUAGGAAGCAGGAGCAGUGACGAUGAUCCAAGAAAACAUGCUUUCUUCAAAACAAUUAACUUCCAUAGGCUUGAGGCAGGCCUCAUAGACCCCCCUUUUGUGCCAGAUCCAUCAGUUGUCUAUGCCAAAGAUGUUGCAGACAUUGCUGACUUCUCUGAAAUCAGGGGGAUUGAGUUUGAUGACAAAGAUAAGCAAUUCUUCAAGAAAUUUGCGACAGGUGCUGUCCCUAUACCGUGGCAAGAAGAAAUUAUUGAAACAGGACUGUUUGAAGAACUGAAUGAUCCUAACAGAGUAGCUACUGGGGGAUGUGCAAACAGAGGUGAAGCCAAGUCAGGAGUUUGUUUGUUGUUAUAAAUAUCACAUCGUUAACAAAAAGGGUGAAAAUGCACCACAGAACUUUUCAGAUUAUAACAGUGUUUCAAAAACUCAGCUAAGCUGUUUAACAAGCACCGACCAACCUAAAAUAUGACAUCAACAGGACAAGUAGGAGCAUAAGCUGAGUGGACAUUCUACUACUUUGUUCUAGCAACAGAGAUAAUCUGUUUAUUGUGUUGGAAGCUAUCAAGAUGAAGAAUCAAGUUUUUUUUGAUGUAACCCUUCUGCCCGUCAGAGUUGGCAGCAACAAGGGCCGGGUUCAGUAUCUAGGGGUUCCAUUCCAAUAACACAAUGCAAAACCGGCUCGAGCCCCCACCCAGUGACCUGGA